GCCUCUGCUUCAUCUGGGUUUCAGAUUUUUUAACGGUGGCGGCGAGAGCUUAGCUGAUAUCGGACAAUUGCUCAAGAGGUCAAGAAGGAGGUAGCUGAGCAAAGAUGGUUCACGUCGCGUUUUACCGCAACUAUGGGAAAACCUUUAAGAAGCCUAGGCGUCCAUACGAGAAGGAGCGUUUAGAUGCUGAGCUGAAACUUGUGGGAGAGUAUGGGCUCCGCUGCAAGAGGGAACUCUGGAGGGUGCAGUAUGCACUAAGCCGCAUCCGUAACGCUGCAAGAAUGCUUUUGACCCUUGAUGAGAAGAACCCACGUAGAAUUUUUGAGGGUGAAGCUCUUCUUAGGAGGAUGAAUAAGUAUGGUCUUUUGGACGAGAGCCAGAACAAGCUUGAUUACGUUUUGGCCCUGACUGUUGAGAACUUUCUUGAGCGCCGCCUUCAGACAGUUGUGUUCAAAGCAGGGAUGGCCAAGUCAAUCCAUCAUGCCCGAGUUCUCAUCCGGCAGAGGCAUAUUAGGGUUGGGAGACAGGUGGUAAAUGUCCCUUCUUUCAUGGUUAGGGUGGACUCCCAAAAGCAUGUUGAUUUCGCAGUCACCAGUCCAUUUGGAGGUAUUGGCAACCCUGGUAGAGUGAAGCGCAGGAACAUCAAAUCAGCAUCGUCCAAGAAAGAGUCUGGAGAUGGGGAUGAAGACAAUGAGUAGUCUAUAUAUGUUGAUGUUAGGAGGUUGGAAAACUAGUUAUCCGUCUAUCGAAAUCCUUUGUUUUACUUUGCUGCCGCUGAGUGCAGAUGGCACCAACUUUGAUAGUCUCAGACUCUCAGCACUAGAAAACAAGGAAUUGAAAGUUUUGUAUUUCGAGUAGAAUGUUGCUUUCGUUGGUUUUGGUGUGAUGCUCAUUGGAAGGAUUCAUGGUUAUUGUUCUGGAAUUAUUUUUGAAACAUAAAACAUUUUUAGAUUUUUUUCCUGAUGUGAGAGUUGAUGUUAGUUUGGACUACAGGU